AACAGGCUAUCAAGUUAGCCAGGACAUCUAAAUUUAUAGUUCAGCUGGAUGAAAAUUCACGGCAACACUGAGCCAAAGGCGACUUUAAAUGUGCUUUCAGACACGUUUGUGAAAGGGGAAUAGUAUUCAUAUAUAGAGGACGAUGCCACGCUUGCAGUCCGGUGUUUGGAAGCAUUUCACUCCGGCUAUCAAAGAUGGGAAGGAAACUUUCAUGUGCAACUACUGUUCAAAGACGUACACUAAGAAUGCCACCAAGAUGCAGAUGCAUUUGGACAAGUGCAAGGAGUACUCUGUGGUUUCGCAGCAAUCACCGGGCCCAGAUGGGAGUUCCUCUGCCUCCAUUCCUGUACCUUCCUUCUCGUUCUUACCAUCUACCACUCCUGGGGGACAGUUACUUAUUGAUUCAGUUGAUCAGCGCAGCCAGGCGUGUGCUGACGAGUGCCUGGCAAGAGCCAUGUAUGCCACCUCCUCACCCCUCACUCUCACAGACAAUAUUUACUGGAAACGAUUUUUCAACAUCCUCCGGCCUGCUUACUGUCCACCUGCCAGAGAGGCCUUGUCCUCUCAUCUCUUGGACUGCGAGUAUGACAGAGUACAAAGCCAGGUUCACGAGGCCAUAGGGAAAGCAGACUGUGUCACCAUCUUGUGCAGUGGGUGGUCUACCAUUAAAGAAACCGGAACAAUCAUUUAUACUGUUGCAACUCCUGUACCACUGUUUUACAAAUGCACAAAGACAAAGGAGCAAGCACACACAAGCACAUUUAUUGCUGAGGAACUGAAAGAUGUUAUCAAUGAAGUGGGGCCAGAGAAAGUCUUUGGCGUUAUCACUGAUGAUGCACUGGAAAUCAUGGGAGCUUGGGCUCAGGUAGAGGAAGCCUUCCCACACGUAUCGGCUUUCGGUUGUACAGCGUGUGGUGUCCAGCGGCUCUUUGAUGAUGUUGCUGCACAGCCAUCUUUGACGGCUUUGUGCAGGAGCGCUGAGCAGGUGGUGAGGUAUGUUAGAGGGCGAAAAAUAUUAGCAGAUACCUUUAAACGCUGGCAGACUACAAAGAUAAGAAAUCACAGUGCUAAUGGGACAGCAUUGGUGCUGCCUGUCAGUUCUGACUGGACUGGUGUGGUCAAUAUGUUCAACAGCCUCCUGGAGGGUCAGAACUCUCUGCAGGACAUGGCCGUCUCAUCCGCACUGGACAUUGAUGCAUCCAUCAGGGCCACAAUACAGGAUGCAGCAUUUUGGAAAGGGUUAAGCAGCAGUCGAAGCCUGCUCUACUUGAUCGGGAAUUACAUUGAUUACAUAAAAAGAGAAGAUACUCCUCUCUCUGGUGUUGUCGACUUGUUCAGUCAGUUAAGAUGCCACAUUGGAGCUUCGCUGUCCGGGUCUGUGCUGCACAGCGCUGAACAGAAAGCUGUCAUGGUGUCGUUAGACCGGUGUCAGGAUUUUUGUGUGAGGCCCAUCCAUGCAGCGGCGUACAUGCUGGACCCAAAGCACGUGGGGCAGCAGACACUGUCUGGGGAGCAGAUAAACAGCGCUUACUAUGUGAUAUCCAACCUGUCCCACCAUCUAAAUCUUGAUGAAGGUAAAGUGCUGGGCAGCUAUGCCAGAUUCUCAGCAAAGCAAGGACUUUGGAAAGGGGCUGGGAUAUGGAGCUCAUGUCAUCACGUCUCCGCAUCCACCUGGUGGAAAGGGCUGUGCUCCUCCGAGCCGCUGUCCGCUGUGGCCUCUGCUAUACUCCAGAUUCCACCAACAACAACUGCUUGCGAGAGUGUCCGGUCACGCUUGUGCAAUACGAAGGUAGAAGGUUCUGUUUCAGCUGACAGAGUGCACAAACUGGUAGCAGUACAGGUGAAUAUCAACCUUUUAGAGCCGGCUGAUAGCGAGUGUGCUCCACUGGAGAGUGAGGAAGACAGGAAAGUUUCAUUUCAGUCUGAGACUCAGUAGUAAGACAAGAUGAGAUACCUGAAGCUGCCUAGAACAGACCACAUGGAAAAAUGGAAAACACAGCUCAUUAGAUGAUCUAAAAUUCCCCUGAAAUGUAUGGUGUCUGAUUUCACAUUCCUCUUUUCGCUCCCAAGUACUGUGGAGAAAAAAAAUGCAACACAUAAGUAGGGACUACAUCCGAUACCUUUGUGUGUUUUAAUAGAAAGUAUUCUCGUGUAGUAGGUGUUUUAUUUACAGUUUCAAACAGUAUGUAUUAACUGUAUAAUCACAACCUGAAAUAUUAGCAGGCUAACAGAAAGUCUUGUCAUUGCUGUUACAGUGUUUCCAUGAUGUAAAUAAAAACAUUAUAUUUAUUGAAGU